GCAGCAUUCUCGCAUUUGCUAUAUCACAAUAAAUCUAGAUCUAGAUCUCUCUGUCUGGAGUGUGUCUAAAUACUAAGGAAAUGACUAACAAAUGUUUGUAAGUUUUCUUUUAGUCGUCAUAGUAGUCUGUCACCAUGCACUGCCAGAGUGUCCAGUCGGUUGGUUUGGUUCACUGUGUAACAAAAUCUGUCGCUGUGAGAACCUGGAGUGUGAGACUGACGGAGAAUGUAAGACCAAGAGAUGUCUGCCUGGUUUCUUCGGGAAACAGUGUCAGUACGUUGAUUCGAUAAUGUCAGCCGAAGUUAGCCAAGAGGAGCUGAAGUCCAGAAAUGCAACCAAAUGUCAGACCAGUUUUAUCGCGCUGAGUCCACUAGUUAUAAAAUUCAAUUCAGAAACAAGAAUUUCAGGGAUCCAAAUAGAAGGCUUUGCAGAAGAGGACCUGCUUGGACUAGCACUUACGUUUGUCCAGACGCCAAACAAGUCGUGCUACAAGGGUCCCUGUCAGAGGAGGCGCGACAUUUACCUCGACCCCAACACACUGGUCAUCAACUGUGACAUUGGCAAUUACGUGUGUCAGCUCAACAUUACCUUCGAGGAGACCAAGAUAGAGAGAAGAUUGUGCGCUGUUUAUGUUCGAGGAGGACGAAAUUUGGCUUUAAAGCAAGUAACAACAAUGUCAACUAGUACCGUCAACGAAACAGGAAUGGUCAGUGAUGGUUCACUGGCCGUGGAUGGGAGGCUAGAUGAGUGUGCUGCUACCAGGGACGAUGAUCCGUAUCCAACGUUGAUAUUACACUUUUAUUCUUCAGUGGUAUUAAGUGAGAUUGUGAUUUAUUUUAGGCCGUCAAAAGAGAGCCAGAUAUUUCUUCUUCAACUGCAUGCUGAUGAGAAUGAUACGAUUAUGGAGUACAGAGGUGAAGUUCAUCCGAGAGUGUCUCUAGUGCCAACACCUGAUAGAUUCAUACGAAUUCUAGAACUCUCUUUGCAACAUGCGAACGCCCAGAUGACAGUCUGUGAACUAGAAGCAUAUGGAGAAUGCGCGCCACCCAUGUUCGGACCUGACUGUACAGACAUCUGCAGUCUGGAAUGCAAAAACUACACCUGUUCUUACGAAGGGUACUGUCGUUACUGUAAAAACCAGACCAAAGCGCUACACUGCGUGGAUUGUCUGAAAGGAUGUGGAGCUCGUGACAAGAUCAAAACGGAAACCACUGAUUACGUCAUUUCUGGUUUGCGUGUAAGCCCGGUCCUCUCCUAUAUUAUGAUAAUCAUCUUCAUUUGUGUGCUAAUUAUGGCCACUACUGAUGGUGUAAGAGGUUUCCUGGCUAGAAAAAACACUCUGGUGCAGAAGUAUACGAAAGAAGUGGAGAAAAAGAAGCCUGCCAAAAGACGCAAUACCUGGACAAAGAAGGAUUCUAUCAGACGCUUGACAUUCCAAGCACCAUCUACAGAACAGAUUGGAGAUUUCUUACUGCUGCAGUCUAUUAAUAGUUUUCCCUCGACAGAAAGCCUACCUAGUGAAACCUCCAUCUAGAAACCUGUCUAGUUAAGCCUGAGAGACACUUAACUAUUAAGGCAUAUGUCCUUACUUUUAACCCUUUUUAUAAGUUAGCUCAUUACACAAUUUGACAUGUAACCGAACGCCUUUAUGUUUAGCUUGGGCAAGACAAUAAAAAGUUGGC